GUCCGGGGGAAGGAUUUUUACGGCGGACUCGUGUCCGGGGCCGCCUGGGAGUGUGGAGCCGAGGCAAAGGCGGGCGGCGGCGGUGAGGGGGGGGGAGAGAGAGAGAGCGAGGCGGAGGGAAGGUUUUGAGUGGACACCUCCAAGAUGGACGCCGAAGCCCUUCUGGAAGCUCUGGCAGAUUUCGAGAAGAAAUCCAAGAAGGAAGUGUCGGCGGUCCUGGACCAGUUUCUUUGUCAUGUCGCAAAGACGGGAGAGACCUUGAUUCCUUGGUCACAGUUUAAAAGCUACUUUAUGUUCAAGUUGGAGAAGGUGAUGGAUGACUUCAGAGCCUCUGCCCCAGAACCUAGAGGUCCUCCAAAUCCAAAUGUGGAAUAUGUCCCCUACGAAGAGAUGAAGGACCGAAUCCUUAAAAUUGUUAAUGGAUUUGCCGGUAUUCCCUUCACUAUCCAGCGUUUAUGCGAGCUACUUACAGAUCCGAAGAAGAAUUAUACUGGGACAGACAAGUUUCUUAGGGGUGUUGAGAAGAAUGUUAUGGUUGUCAGCUGUGUCUAUCCCUCUACAGAGAAAUGCAACUUUGGCUCGAAUAGUUUGAACCGGGUGAACGGCAUUAUGCUAUCAGGGAGUCAUACCAGUUACACAGACAGGUCGAAUAUAAAUGGUCCUGGCACCCCGAGGCCACUGAGUCGUUCAAAAGUUUCUUUAUCAAGUGUUCUUACAACAAACGGUUUGCUGGACAGCCCUGAAAGUCGAGAAAUAAGUGUGCAAAAGACGGAAGAAAAAUUGCACGACGAAUCGCCAACCCCUCACGGUGAAGACUCUCCAACCAGCUGUUCAAAAAACAAGCAUUUAGAGGAUGACACGAUGGAGGCUGAUGCCCCUGAGGUGAAACGACUGAAAUUUGACAAGGAGAGCGAGGAGGAAGCUCCGCCCGCCCUCGCUGAGAGUUCCUCGGAAAUGCCUGAAGAAGCCGAGAAUGCCGCAAAGCAGGAGGAAACCAAAGAGCCGAGUGAAUGGGCUGAGCAGCCUAGCGCAGAUAAGACAGAGGCCCCUAGCUCGCCGGUGAAGACCACCACACUGGAGUCGGAAGAAAAAGGUGUCGAGGUUUCAUUCGAAAACGUAGAAACUUCGGAGGAAAACAACCAAAUGGACCAAUCUGAGCCAACCAAGACAUUAACUUCUGAGGAGAGUGAAAUCAGUGAAAGCACUGACGCGGUUAGUAACAGUGCGGGCUGCAGUGCUGCAGAGGAACCAGGGACAUCUGCUAAAACUCCCGACGACUUACCUUCCGAGAGUCCAAUGGAGAAUAGCACAGAUGUCACAGAAGAACCGAUGGAACAGGACUAAAUAAAAGAUAUCUGGGCAGUAUUUUCCAUAAAGCUCUGAUUUUACACUGUAUAAAAUUUUAUGUAACAAAGCAGACCUUUGUUUUCCAGAAGGAGUUUUCGGGAAAAAAAAACUUCUCUGAGAAAUGUCUGGAAGAGUUGUUAGAUAAGAACUGUGAAAGCAGCUCCUUCAGGGCUCAUCUACCUACCGCUGACUUUUUUUUUGUUCAGUCAAAUCAGUGGUUUAUGUAUAGAUUUUUAUUUAGAGAGAGAGUUUUUUAAACUGGAAAGUAAAAUUAUAAAUGUCAACUUGUUUGCAGUUCAUCAGAGUAGGACAUUUACCAUAGGUUGUUUGUUCUUGUUGUUUUCAAAUAUCUUUGGUGAAAAAAUAAUUAAUUUCCUACUUGGUCACUGUUUCAACAUUCUACAUGUAAUUCAAACACUGCUGGAACGAACACCAAGUUUAAAAACACAUUCCAGGAAAAACUCAAAACUUCUACACCACUUUCAUAUACUUCUGAGGUGCCUGUGUGAGUAAACGUUAAUCAAAAGGGAGCCUGUGGUUUGUUGUCGAAUCGAAACUCAGCAAUGUUUGGGACUCAUUUCAAGAUUUACUUUGGUCGUAGAACGGAUGCUUUUUUUUAGAUUGAGUGUUGAAGCAAACAGCAAAAAGUGGGAGUUACUCGCUCAGUUUAUAUCCAGUGGUUAUAACAUUGUGAAGAUUUGAGCGUGUUUCCUUCCAGAUUACAUUUUUUUUGUAGCAUUGCAGACAGCGUGGGUACAGUACACCACUGACUGCAUUAGAGAACCAUUGCGAUUUAGCCAUUUAAUUCGUUCACACAACCAAAUCUUAGUACUGGCAAUGCAAUUUUUGAGGGUACAUUGAACCACCAUAAUUUGUACAAAAUUUUGAAAUGAUUAAGAUAGAUGUAUGUUGACAGCCAGUGGUCGUACAUUUUUGGAGACAAGUACGCAAAGCACAAAUUUUGCUCUGCAAUCCUGACGUUUUCUGAUAUCCAUCCAGCUUGUAUAUUCAGAGUCCUUUAAACUUAACUUUCAGUCACAAUUACUGGCUGCCAAGUUUGUACUCGUUUCUGGCAACUGUACUUUUUGAUAUUUAGAAUUUUUAAAUUUCUGUAAGUAGAUUUUGUAGAUUGUAAUUGUUCACUGCCUUUGUGAAACGUUAUAUAAUUGUAUAAUUUCUGUGUGUAAACUGAAUGCUUUGGCUUUCAAUACAGUAUUCAUAUAAAGCAAUAAAUGUUAUAUCUGGACACGAUGAGUCUGGAGGUACGCUCCAGUUCCAGUUGGCAAAAAUUUGCACAGGUUUGCCAGAGGCCAUAUGACUGCACGUAACUGACAAUCGGCAAGAUUGACGGUUUUGUUUUUUCCUGUGAAUGUCGUGUUUCGCACUUGUGAAUACUCUAAUAUACUUUUGUGGGAUCUUAAAAUUCACUUUCUUAUGAGAGAACUAACCAACUUCAUUCUAACUGGUAUGUAAAGUUUUUAAAAAGGAUGCAUUAGUGCUGUAACAAUGUUUUUUUUCUUCAGUGCUAUGCUUGGGAAGAAUAUGCAUCUAAAUUGCUAAUUAAACAACAAUUUUCAUAAGUUUUUACCAAUCUGACCAGCAAGAAUGUUUUUGAAUCGCGAUGCUUUUUAAAGUUGUGAUGUUCACUCAUAGUUUUACCAGCGGAAGUGGUGGGCAUUUCCAUAAUUCCUCUACUAAGUUUAACUCUUAAAUGUACGGUUUGGUUAAGUGUUGGUACGUUUGGGGAGAGAAUGGCGGAUGCAAUAUUGCCUUGGGUAAUUCUUUGUAGCUCUCUUGUUUGCUUGCUUUAAUCAUGCUUACAAUAAGGUGAAAUCUGAUUCAGUUAAGUAGCAGACCUGAGUCUCAUCUUUGAGGACUUCAGAUAAAGAAAAUGAAGACAUAAGAUACAUCAAAAAUGUUUGGGUGAAAUGUUUAAAAAGUUGUGAUUUCUCCCACUUAACUUCAUAUUUUGAAACUGGCACGUUUGUCAUUCUACAUAUGGUAUGUAGAAACUUCAACUUUCUACAGUGAUAUCAUUUUUGUCAAAUAGGUUUUCCAUCAGGUUUAAAUGUUUAUGUUUAAAUUCACAGAUUUGCAAUAGUUUGUUUUGAUGACGCUAAAAUGUUUGCUGCUUUAUGAUGAGCUCUGUAACUUAAAUUGUUCAUGUUCUCAGACUUGUUAAUGUAAUCAUUACGAGCAAA